AAAUUUCUCACUCCUCUUUGUUUUUCCUGUUGGACUUUCUCUCUCCUCUUUUCUCCUCUUCUGCGAUUCAGAGCUUCACCUCCAUCUUCAUCCCCAAUUUCGAAGAUCUAUUGCAACAGUUACUUUGAGGUUGAUUUUCGAUUUCCCAGUGGACCAAGAGAAGAUGACACAAGGAUUGGAUCAGCUGGUGUUGUUAGGCGUCAGGCUGUUGAUAUCUCUACAUUAAGGAGGGUGAAUCAGACCAUAUAUCUCCUGACAACAGGGGCUCGUGAGAGUGCAUUCAGGAACAUCAAAACUAUUGCUGAGUGCCUUGCAGAUGAACUCAUCAAUGCUGCCAAAGGAUCAUCAAACAGGAUGCAUGCUUCUCAACAAGCCUACUUGAUAAACUGGCAUAACAACACGAUCCUGGCACGAUAUUUCAUAGUACUUUACGCUCCGGCGACCACUAUAAGAUGCCACUACUGGAACAAUAGUCUGUUCAAGAAACGGAUCAUCUAAAAGGAGACUCGCCGUGGGUCUGUCAGAAGCAGGAGCCAGACACCUCUCAAUGAACCGCUUAGCCGCAGGGCCAACCACUCUUCUUAAUGAAUCAGACAUUACACCCGAACUUGCCUUCAUACGAGCAUGAUGUUUGUUAAUGUAUUCAUUGUAUGGAGGUUCAAGGGUGAUCAUCUGUAAUACGCACAUCCCAAAAGAAUAAAUGUCAACUGACUCGUUACAUUUUUCCCAUAUGACAUUUUUUAUAGUUUACACAAAUGAGAAAAUAUGUUUUUGCUCA